AUGAUCCCUGAACCGAUCCAGACCGAGACUACUAGUGUAGAAUCACCGAGCAAUGAUAAAAUCAGCAAAGUUGAAAGCACAGCCCCAAAGCCUGCUCUCACCUAUAACGAAAUCCAAGAGCAGUUGGGACUCACACCAACAACAAUCGUGCUUGCCAAAGUGAAGGGCUACAGACCCUGGCCUGCCAUGGUGCUUGAAGAGGAUAUAUUACCAGAAAAUAUUAAGAAAAUCAAGCCGAAAACGGUACGGCUCGAGAAGAAAUCGACGAAACCUGUCAUCAAUGUUCCCGUGCGCUUUUUCAGCGACGACACCUAUAUAUGGAUCAAGUCCUGCGACUUGAAGAUCUUGGGAGAGCAAACCAUCAAUGAGUUUUUGGCAAAGAGAGCCUCUCAGAAAAAGCAUGACCUUCUAAUCGACGCGUACAAGUUAGCCCAAGAUCCGCCAGAUAUGAGAGAGUUCAACAUGUGGGGCUCUGCUGGUGAACCAGACCCCAAUGCACAAGAGCCGGCGACGAAAAAGCUCAAAUUGAGCAUCAAGUUGAAGAGUACGCCCAAGAAAGCGACGAAAAAGUCGACCGCUUCUACUAAAUACACCGAACCCCAGCAAAAGAAGGAGCCUAAGAAACCACGUUAUGUCUUCGACGAAUAUGAUGAUUUAGAAGAAGAUGAUGACAGCGAGCCCUCGCUAUCUCCUGUUGGAAUGCUGCAUCAGGAAGGGUACGACUCUGACUGGGGAUUGGAUGAGCCCUCGUAUGAUUUCAAAUCGGGAGAUUUCAUUUUCGAAAAGAGAGAGGAUCAGGAAAAAUUUGCAACUGAAUUUCCUAGAGGCGCAGAGUUGGCCGCCGAAUUAGAAGAGUACCAAGAAGAAGUCUCGAAAAUUCAUAGCAAGAUUGCCAAGUCUCUAGUGGACGGGAAAGAGAGUGACGAGAGAAUCAUUCUUUCGCAGCUACGAAACCUUGAGAAACUCUUGACGGGCUCAAAGAUGCCUCUUGUUGCGUUUGUUAAGUCCCCAUUAUACAGAGUGCUCCUUCUAAUAAUGCACAGGCCCAAGGAACAGAAGCUGCCCGAAACAGUAAGAAAAGCCAUCAAGAACAUCAUGCUGAUCAUUUCUCUUGAGCCGUGUGAGAUCUCUACGGAAGACCUUGAACCUGAGACAAAAGCAGAGUCAGAGAACAAAGAGUUGGCUACAGUAAAGGAGGAGUCCAGCAACAAUAAUGAGAGCUCUAAUGAGACAACUGAGAAGAACAGCGAGAAAAUAGAGGUGAACGAGGUCGUGGAGACUCUCGAUGGCGGAAAGGAUGAUUCAAACGGAACUCGCCAGUCCCGAGGCUCCACUCACUGA